ACACAGCAAUUUGGAUGCACAAGUGGUUCAGCGCAUUCCUCACAGCUAUUGUCCAUUUGCUCAAAUAUGGCUCAGAGCAUUCAUAUGACCAGUGAGCAACUUCGGGAGCUGAUCGAAACUGUCCGAUCUUCGGCGGUCAGUGCAGCAGGGAGUGCGAUUGCUACCACUGUCGAAAAAUCCAAUGCCAAGUCAACGGGCAGCUUAAGCGCGUGCGACUAUCGAUUUGCUGGUUAUCGCAAACACGACGAGGUUGAAGAAUUCAUCACAAAUAUCGUCACCUAUAAGGAAUUGGAAAACGUUUCGGAUGAGAAUGCAUUAAAGGGUAUCUCGUUGCUGUUUAUCGGCAUAGCCUCCACUUGGUGGCAGGGCGUACGCAAGGAGGCCAAGACCUGGGAAGACGCCAUCGGGCUCAUCCGCGAACACUUCUCGCCCACCAAGCCCGCCUACCAAGUCUACAUGGAGUUCUUCGAGAAGAAGCAGGAAGAUAACUAUGCCAUCGAUACAUUUGUCGUCGAGAAACGGGCACUCCUCGCUCAGCUGCCUGAGGAUCGCCACGACGAGGAGACUGAGUUGGAUUUCUUGUAUGGUCUGCUGAAUAUUAAGUACCGCAAGCACAUCUCCCGUCAGAGUGUGCAAACGUUCAAGGAUCUGCUCGAACAGGGCCGCAUCAUUGAGCACAACAAUCAGGAGGAUGAGGAGCACGCAAAGGGUCCGCUACGUGGUGCACGUCGCGUUGAACGCUGCACCUACUGCAAUUUCCGUGGACACAAAUUCGAAAACUGCCGCAAACGGGGUCGAACUGCCGCAGAUGCCAACUAUGAGGGAAGUCGCAAGCGGCGAAAAACGCCGCAGGAGGCCAACAACGAGGCGGAGUAAAAGACACGCACACACAUGAGACGUGACAAAACUGACUACAACAACAGCAACAACAUGUGCAGGGUCAUCGUCUCACCAAUACACAAAGCUUUCGCAGCAGCAUUUCAAACUCUCAAUCAGCGCCAAGAGGCGUGCCGGCAAACAGAGCAGAGCUUUAACACCACCAACACAUAGUAGUCAUUUCAAUAUCAUUUGAGCAAGCAACUGGCGAACAUAGUUCACCAAACCCGAGUGACUGGAAACGGAGACAAAGGCAUUGCGAUUUGACGCAGCGCAACAACGACUUGGCCUCAACUUAUGACUCUUUACGUCUUUUGCACCUACUGCAAGAAAAUUUGGGAACUGCCGCAGUGAGGGAAGCGAUGAUUUUUAUAAUCAUAAAUAAUGAUAACCCCAAUGUUUA